GGGGAAGAGGAGGAGGAGGAGGAGGGGGCGGUGCAUCCAGCCCAGGGGGUCCUCAGCAGAGCCUUCGGGACCCCUGAACGCAGACAGCCUUGGAUCGAGUACGGGUCUGUUGGGGACGAUGGAGCCCCUCACCCAGCUCUUGUUCCUCUGCAUAGCCCUGAUCUCAGUGGCCAAAGCUGAAGCUCCGAAGGAAAGAGACCCAUUCACAUAUGACUACCAGUCCCUGAGGAUUGGAGGGCUAGUGUUUGCUGGCGUCCUCUUCAUCCUGGGCAUCCUCAUCAUCCUCAGCCGAAGAUGUCGCUGCAAAUUCAACCAACAGCAAAAAACUGGGGAGCCCGAUGAAGAAGAGGGCACUUUCCGCAGUUCCAUCCGCCGCCUCUCCAGCAGAAGGCGUUAGGAGCCUGAGAUGAAGUCGCCGAGGCUGACCAGGUUUCCCAAGACUGCUGCCCACGGUCCCACUCCCACAGAGUCCCUAGCUCCUCCAAACCUCUAAUAAAGGCCAGUCUUCAUCCCCGCGCA